CACGCUUGAUCGAUGAUUUGAUGAAUACAGGUGUGUUUAAGUAUACCACUAUUCGUAAAAGGAUAAGCAUACAAGGCAGUUGGUGUAUUUAACAGCUUAAAUGUUUGAAACAAACUCAUUUUAUUUAAAAGAAACUCAUAAAUCAGAAGAAGUUAUGUCAGGAAAACGGGAGUUUUGCGUCGCUCAGUUAAUCGGAGUGUUUCUUUUCUGUUUUGGUUUGGCCGGCGGUAUACUAAUUGGGAUUUACUUAUAUCAUGGAGGACCUGAUAGUGAAGUUUCUUGCAAGAAUCUCCCAGAUUGGCUAAAGAACGGAGACAAGACUACAAGCACUUUACAAACGACCGUAACUUACGGACCAACCACUCCAAAGACUGACUGCAUCAACUGUAAUACAGAAAAGCGCUUCACAUACACUAUUAAUAAUCAGCUGCGAGAACCAUUUUUCAACAACAGCGUUACCAUGGAAAUCGUAGAUGAAGACAGUGCCCUGAUAGAUUACAUGGAAAGGGCAGUUGAUCAAAAUAAAACAAUUUUUACAAAAUUCACGGCUACAUACUUUUCUGGGUUGGGGUAUUUCAUCGAAUCUAUCAAUAACGUUAGUGGAACCUAUGCAGUUGAUAAAUCAUACUGGGAAAUACGGACACAAACAGGACCAACAACAGUGGGUGUAAGUUCUUUUAUACCAACAGAUGGAGUGGAGGUCCUAUUCAACCUUACCAUCAGCUCUCCAGCCAACGAACACAAUUAACUUUAUAAAGAUUGUAUUAUUUUUUGUAGUUUUAAUUGUAUUGUUUUGUGUUUUAUUUUGCAUUGUAUUGUGUGACUGUAUUUCAUUGUACUGAACAUAUUUUACAGAUCCACAAUCGAGUUAGACAUGAAGAACAUCCCUUAAGGUAUUCUCUGUUUCUUUAUCUAAUCAAAACCACAUAUUUUGAUGAGACAACAAUUUUUAUUACCCUUCCAGAUUUUUUCCGCCUUUUUGAUUGGAUAUUGAUCACCCAAAAGAAAUUGAUAUUACCGAGCCAGACGGGUAAUAUAAACACUAAAUUUCCCCGUUGUGUACCCCACGUUCUAAACAACAUGCGCUGAGGUGAUGCGCGUACGGUUCGAUUUUACGCGGUGUAAAUUCCGAUUUACAAGCAUUUUUUAACUGUCAAAUGAAAAAUAUUUACCAAAGUAGAGUAAUGAUACAUAUUCUCAUCAGUAUUGAAAACAAAUAUGACCUUGUGAAAGCUUGAUAGUAAUAAAAAAAAGUGCGUUCAAUAGACUACUCCUUUUCUCUUGCUUACAUUCGUUAGGUACGGGGAAAAUACGUCAUGUAUUUAUGUGCCGUCAUGUUGUGAUGAAGGGGUACCCUAAAGGGAAUCUUAUUUCGACGUUUCAUUUGAAACAGCAAUGAUGUUUUUUUAAAAAACC